AAUCCCCGGUUUCCUGCUCUGAACGGAGCAGAAAUGGCUGCCGGCCGGGCAGGUCUGAGCCGGGCCCUGCACGCUGCCCCCAGCCUGGCUUGGAGAGGAGCUCACUCCAGGGCCCAGGGAGGCCCGCAGCCUGAGUACGACGCGGUGGUGAUAGGAGCAGGACACAACGGGCUGGUAGCUGCAGCCUACCUGCAGAGACUGGGGCUGCGCACGGUGGUCUUCGAGAGGCGCCACAUCAUUGGGGGUGCAGCUGUCACUGAGGAGAUCGUGCCAGGGUAUAAGUUCUCCCGUGCAUCCUACCUCCUCAGCCUGCUGAGACCCCAGAUUUACACAGACCUGGAGCUGAAGAAACAUGGGCUGAGGCUGCAUCUUCGAGACCCGUACUCCUUCACCCCCAUGCUAGAAGAAGGCACCGGGGGCAAGGGGCCCAGGUCCCUUCUGCUGGGCACAGACAUGGCAGAAAACCAGCAGCAGAUUGCCCAGUUCUCCCAGAAGGAUGCCCAGGCCUUUCCCAGAUACGAAGAGUUCAUGAAUCGCUUGGCAUCAGCCAUUGACCCUCUGCUGGAUGCAGCCCCAGUGGACAUCUCGGCCUUCCAGCGUGGCUCCUGGCUGCAAAGGCUCAAGUCCCUGUCCACGCUCAGGCCCCUGCUGCAGGCAGGCCUCACGCUGGGAGCCCAGCUUCCUCAGUACUACCAGGUCCUCACGGCUCCCAUUACAAAGGUGCUAGAUCAGUGGUUUGAGUCGGAGCCUCUAAAAGCCACUCUUGCGACGGAUGCUGUGAUUGGAGCUAUGACCAGCCCACACACUCCGGGGAGUGGGUAUGUGCUGCUACAUCACGUGAUGGGGGGCCUGGAGGGGAUGCCAGGGGCCUGGGGCUACGUCCAGGGUGGCAUGGGUGCCCUCUCAGAUGCCAUCGCGAGCUCUGCCACAGCGCAUGGAGCAAAAAUCUUCACUGACAAGACGGUGGACAGGGUGCAGGUGAGCAGCAGAGGCCGAGUCCAGGGCGUCGUGCUGCAGGAUGGCACGGAGGUGAGGAGCAAAGUGGUGCUGUCCAACGCGUCCCCUCAGAUCACCUUCCUGAAGCUGACGCCACAGGAGUGGCUUCCUAAGGAGUUCGUGGGGAGAAUCUCUCAGCUGGACACCCAGUCACCUGUCACCAAGAUCAACGUGGCUGUAGACAGGCUGCCCAGCUUCCUGGCCUCACCCAACACUCCCGGGGGCCAACCCCUGCCCCAUCACCAGUGUUCCAUCCAUCUCAACUGUGAGGACACCCGCCUCCUGCACCAGGCCUUCGAAGACGCCAUGGGUGGCAGCCCUUCCCACAGGCCUAUGAUUGAGCUCUGCAUCCCCUCUGCGCUGGACCCCACCCUGGCUCCCCCUGGCUGCCACGUGGUCUCCCUCUUCACUCAGUAUACUCCGUACUCACUGGCUGGAGGCAAGGCGUGGGGUGAGCAGGAGAGAGACGCAUACGCCGACAAAGUGUUUGACUGCAUUGAGGCCUAUGCCCCCGGCUUCAAGGGCUCCGUGGUGGGCAGAGACAUCCUCACGCCCCCGGAUUUGGAGAAGAUCUUUGGGCUGCCUGGAGGGAACAUAUUCCACGGUGCCAUGUCCCUGGACCAGCUGUACUUUGCCCGCCCCUUGCCCCUGCACUCCAGCUAUCGCUGCCCCCUCCCAGGCCUGUAUCUCUGUGGAAGUGGGGCCCAUCCUGGAGGGGGUGUCAUGGGGGCUGCCGGACGCAAUGCAGCCCACGUGGUCUUUGGAGACCUCAAGAGACUGUGACCCUGAGCCAACUCCAACCCAGGGACAAGUUGUGCCGGUUCCCCGUUGAGCUUUUCAGGCCUCCAUUGGGUCAACUUCCCAGAAAGCUUUGCUCCGAAGCGUAUUUCUUGACGCAGCCAAGUCCUCGAAUCCUUUCAGAAAGAAUGGACAAGUUACCCCGAGUGCAAGUUCACCGGGCGGCCUUGUCUCCACGAAUCAACUGGCUCUGUCUUAUUAAAAAUACUAUUUUCUACA